AAAGAAAAAGUAGUAAAUAUUUUUCGUGCUUGUUUUUUAAUUGUUACUUAAUAUUUUAUCCAAAACCUCAAUAAAUAAGGCCAUAAUUAAACAUGAAAAAAAUAUUGUUAUUAUAUUGAGUAUUUUUUAACAUAGAAAAAGGUUUUAUUCAUCGUGAAAUCGGGCCAGCUAUAUGCAUUUGAGCCAUGGUCAAGAUUUGCUGUGUAGACAGCUGCAACGAUACAAAAGACGAUGUUACAUAUUUCAAGUUCCCCAACAGCCGUACACUUCGGCGCAAGUGGUUAGACGCGUUCACGCCAUCAGAGAAAGUGACCAUCGAUUCGGUGGUAUGCAGUCGCCACUUCCUGGAGGGCGAGUACGAGCUGGUGAGGGGCAAGAAGCGGUUGAAGGCGAAAGUGGUACCUAGCGUGUUCAAUGACGAUAAAGCGAUAUCAUCGAAAAACAUUGAUUCAACAAAUGAUUCGGACAAAAACAAAGAAAUUCCCGCCAAAACGAAAGACAACUGUACCACAGAUAAAGGAAAAAAAACGAAGAGCCAUAAAAAAGAUGUAAAAACGCCAGCCAGUACAAACAGUGAAUUGUGUAAUAGUAUUGUUAGAAGAACAGAUCCCAGCACAACAGCCAUCGAUUCAGAAGCGAAUAAUGAUAUAGAAGACGUUAUAACUAACUAUCACAUAAAACAAAUAAGGCCAUUGAACAAACACAGGAAAAUUAAUGACAUGGACAGCGGUCAAUUGGAAAAUACAGUUCAAAAUGAUAUAUUGAAGCAAACGAAGACCAGAGAAACGGCAACACAGGAUCAGGACUGUGGAUUUGAAAAUGGGGAGACGGAUGUUAUUGAUGUUGAUAAUUUACAUGAACCUGUUUUCGUUGAAAUGGACGUUGAUAACGAAAUUGAUGAUGAGCCGUCUACCCGAGAUUGUCUGAUGCUGCUCGAGUGUAUAGAGUGCGUUGUGGACCCCAACAGCCUCAUGUUCCAGGACAAUGAUCUCGAGGCCAACGCGGAUAGCAGCUCGGAUGUUGUGGAUUUGGGGGAGAAAAAAGAAGAUCCGAUAAGCCUUUUAACGUCGAGCGACGAAGACGAAGUCAUAAUCGAGGAGCCGCACAUCGACACAGUCGAAGUGUCCGACGAAACCGACGAAGACGACAUGCCGCUCGUGAAACUAGUCGACAAGAGGCCGAAGAAAUCCAAAAAGACGAAAUCGAAAUCCAAAACAAAAUCUAAAUCGAAAACGAAAUCGAAAUCCGAGCACGCGUCCGAACAUAGCCCAGAGAAAAUCAUGUGGGGGUUAUACGAAUACUAUUGCGUCGAAUGCCAUUUUCGGACCACAAGCAAAUCCGAAUUCAAGAAACACGCAACAGAACACCCGACUGUUAUACAAAUAUGCCAAAUGUGUGGUUACACGACGGCCAGCAAGGCGCAAUUCGCUCGACACAAACGAAAACACCUAGACGAUAAGAAAUUCAAGUGCCAUUUAUGUGAUUAUAAAGCUAGACACAACAUGAGUCUCAUAUAUCACUUAAAGUCCCACGAUAGUGUACGUAUAGUGAACGCGAAACGAGGAUUCCGUUGUGAGAAGUGCAACUUCCAGUCUGAUGUGAAAACGAGCCUAUUGAAGCACAUCCGUCUGUGUACAACGGACUCGAAGAAGUAUGUGUGUGAUAAAUGUAGUUAUGAAACCAAGAGGAAGUCCGAUUUGAGCAGACAUAAGAUGAGACGGCAUAAGGAGGCGAAUGAGGAGGGAGAUGAUGACUACGUCCCCCCCUAAUUGGUUAAAUCAUAUGUUUGAAUCGUCAAACAUUACCCAGAAACUCUGAUGUGUUUGUGAUAUUAUGUACUAAAUCGGUUUGGAGACGUUUUUGCGUUUGUAGUUGUGCACCGUCAGCAGAUAAAUAAAUAUAUUUUUUUAUAUAUAUGUACAUAAAUAUUAAAUGUCAUUUUUCAUUAUAAAUGUCUUCAAGUCCAGACAUUUCGAAAUCAGAUAAAUUAUUUAUGUAAAUGAUAAUUCGUUCUUAUAUUGUAUAUAAUCAUCUCUGCCUUGAUUGUUUCGUUGGUCUAGUGGUUUGAUGUGAGGCCGCAGACCCGGAGGUCCUGGGUUCAAUUCCCAGGUCGAGCCAAUGAAAAGUUAUUGGGUUUUUCUGUCAGAAAUUUCUCAGUAGCAGCCUGGAAGUUGGAACUGUGUUCACUCCCGUGCCUCAGAAAGCACGUACAGCCGUUGGUCCUGCGCCUGAACUCUUUCCGGUCGUGUCGGAUUGCCGUCCCAUCGGAUUAUGAGAGUGAGGGAAUAGAGAGUGCACGUGUGUUUGCGCCCACACUUGUGCACUAUAAUAUCUCCUGCGCAGUUGGCUAAUCUCUCUCGAGAUUGGCCGCCGUGGCGGAAAUCGGUCUGAAGGACGUUAUUAAAUUGUUAUUUAUAAUCAUCUCUGCCCUGAUAGUUUCUGCUCUUCAGUAGUAUGUAGACAAACAAUUCUCCAUUCGUCUACAUUUAUAAAUUUUUCUUCUAUUGUAAUAAUAGUAUUAAUAUCCAUUGUAACAAUCAUUGUAACGAUUUAUGAGAAAAUAUUAAUAAACAAAAUGACACUUCUAACGCUACUCAUACGAGUGUUCGACGAACGUAGCCAGUUUAAACUGGUUAAUUCCACUUUUAUUCACAGUGUAUUAAAGCUAUUACAUACGCGAAAACGUCUCCAAGCCGAUUAAACCGUAUCUUGAUGGAGAUGAAAGUGGAAUGUAAUGUAUCAUUUUUAUGAUGAUUUGAUCCAUGUAAUCAUUUUUGACGAAACUUUGGUUAUUAUUGUGUAUAUUAGACUAGUGGACCUAAACCAAAGUUUGGUUAAAACGCAGAAAAGCGAAUCUGCUUUUAUAAUUCAUCUUGUGUAUCGAUGCAGGAAUGUAUUUGUAUCGUAGCUGCUCCCCCCAAUGGGAUGACGUCUGUUCCCAGCUGUGGGACAUUCACGUUAUAUGUAGCGAUUAAAAAUUGCAAGAUUUAAUGAAUUCAUACCAUCUCGACUAAGUCAGUACUUUAUGUGUAUAGAUUAUAUAAAACAGUUAUAAUAAUACUAAUAAAUGUCACUUGUUCGACGAAAAUGAAACAUAGGUCGACGAAACGACGAAAUCAAAAGAAAUCCACGAAAAUCUAAGCGCUGUAAAUAUAAUUAAAGCUUUAAUUUAAAGAUUUUACCAUUAAAUAUUCUCGUCCAUUGCUCAACAGUCUUUUCUUUAUAGACUGUCAGUAUUAAGUAUUUUAAUUUUCUUUUGUAUUAAAAACAAUAUGUUUAUAAUAAGUUGUAAGUUUAUGAAGAGAACAGCGCGG